AUGAUUAGGACGAUCAAGCCCAAGAACGCGCGUUCGAAAAGAGCCCUGGACAAAAGACAACCCAAAAUAGUUGAGAAUGUGAAGACAGCAUUGUUUGUUCCGGGAACUACCUCGAACAAAGCCCUUCAUGAUAUCACAGUGGAUUUGGCUGCUCUAAAAAAACCAGACAUCAAACGGUUCACCAAGAAAAACGAGCUGCUACCAUUUGAAGACGCAUCUAAGUUAGAGUUCUUCAGCGAGAAGAAUGAUGCUUCAUUGCUUGUUUUCAUGAGUAGCAACAAGAAGAGACCUAAUAAUUUAACUUUUGUGCGCACGUUCAACUAUAAGGUCUACGACAUGGUCGAGUUGCUUGUGCUGAACAACUACAAGUUAUUGGAGGACUUUAAGAAGGCGACUUUCCAAAUCGGUUUGAAACCGAUGUUUGUGUUCAAUGGUUCCAUUUUUGAUACCCAUCCUCUUUUCAAACAGAUUAAGUCCUUGUUCUUGGACUUUUUUAGAGGAGAAGUCACCAAACUACAGGAUGUUUCGGGUCUACAGCAUGUUAUUGCUGUGUCAGCAAUUGAAGAGGACGACAAUGACGAGAGUAUCUCUAAGCUUCCUUUGGUUCAUUUCCGCGUAUACAAAUUGAAGACUUACAAGUCUGCUGAGCCAAAGCUUCCAAGAGUGGAGCUUGAAGAGACAGGUCCUAGACUUGACUUCAAAAUCGGCAGACAUCAGUAUCCUGACUCUGAGAUGGAGAAGGAAGCACUCAGGGUGCCUAAACAAUUGCAACCAACUCAAAAGAAGAACGUUGAUGUGGAUAGCAUGGGUGACAAGAUCGCCAAGGUUCACGUCGGUGUCCAAGACCUAAGUAAACUGCAAACCAGGAAGAUGAAAGGUCUGAAGAGCAAAUAUGAUCAAUUGAGCGACAGCGAAGACGAGGUGAGUGGGGAUGAAGAUGGCAGUAGUGAAGGUGAAGAACAAGAUGAGAUUAUUGAUUCGAGCGCUGAAGAAGAAGGCGACACCGAGUUUAUGGAUGCUGAAGAAGAGUUGCCAGAAAGAAAGAAAAGAAAGGUUUAA